UUUCAGGGAAUCGCAGUGGUGUUUGACAUUUCAGACAGGUCUACAUUUACACAUCUCUCCUUCUGGCUGGAAAGCAUCAAUAACUGCGUUUCGAAUUUUGUGUGUAAUUAUGAGUCGGUGCCGAUAAUCCUGAUAGGUAACAAAGCCGACCUCAAAGAGCGCAGAGCGGUGUCAAUUUCUGAAGCUAAAAAGUUCGCAAACAAAGAGAUGGCUUUUGAUUAUUUCGAAACCAGCGCUAAAACAGGGAACAAUGUUUUUGCUGCCUUUCAGAAAUUAGCAUACCACGUGACAGAAAUUUGUAAUCCACAAGUGAUGAAAAGUUAUCAUCCACACAUGUUACGGCCACCGGAAGUACUGGAAAGAGUUGCAGUGAAAAAAUCAGCAAUGUCAUGUAAAGUUGAAAAUGUCACAAGAAUUCCGGAAAAGUUCAAACCAGUGGGUCAGCUGAGGACCUCAAUGCGGGGAAAAUACAAGUUCCGGGUCCGGACGAAGAAGAAAUAUGCUCAAUGUUGCUCAAUCCAGUAGAGAUCGGUUUUCAUUUCAUCAUGAUUUAGCCGUCUGUUUUAGCUUUCUGCCAUAUAGUUUCGUAAACGGAAAAUGAUUUUAUCUCUUAUUUGUACGAAUUGCAAGAAUGAUGAACUGUUUACAUGUUAUUAAAAAGUGGGAAUUACAUUACUUUCUUUGUUACACACUGUGUCGUGUGAUAUUUUCAUGAUCUUUGUAUUUUCAUUUUUUCUUAAACUGUAUCAUCAUAGGAUUUUUACAUGUGUAUAAUAUAAAGGAAAUUUUGUAACGUUUUGAAGAGUUGAAAUAGACAUCAUAGGGAAGAUCAUAAUUUCCUCAAUAAAUAGUUUAA